AUAAUUGAGUCCGAAAGCCUGGGGUGGGGUGUCAUAACCGCUGCAGAGGCGGCCUUGGGGUCCCCUGCUCCCCUUCCCACGGCUGGGGCUGUAGCCACGCCUCCUCUCCUGGGUCAGGUGAGGGGCCCUAAGCAAGCCCAGGCCUGGGAGGCUGGGUGACCAGAAGGAAGACAGAGCGGGGUCCCAGGACGUCCAGAGCUGGGGUGCUGCAGUUUGCCGCAUCCUAGAACUGUCCCGGCUGGCAAUAGGGUGUCUUCCUGAAGGGGAAUGGGCACAUGAAGAGGGGCGAGAAUGUGGUUUUGCAAAGGGUGACCUGCAAGGCCUGUGGCCACAGGUGACUAGGGAGUGGGAAGAGCGGGCAUGUUCUCUGACCUUUCACCCCAUUUGACAGAUGGGGAGACUGAGGCCCUAUGCCAUGUGUCGCUUUGAGAGGUGGAGCUGGACUUAAUUCACAUCCUGACCCUGCAGGAUUCUCUUUUCACUCGGGGCAUCCCUGGGCCAAGGCCCCGAGGCUCACCACCUGGCACCCACAUUCUUCCUGGGAGUAGGGGGACGGCCAGGAUGCUGCGACAGUGGUCGGGACAGUCGGGGCAGGCCCCGGGGGAGGCAGAACCCCCGCCUGCAGGCGAGGAGCUGUGGGAGCAGGAGAUGGAGCGGCUCUACGCCUCCCGGGCGCCGGUGCGGACGCUGCCCUAUGCCAUCGUGGACAAGCGCUUCAUCCGGCACCUGCGGGAGCCGAAUGGAGUGAAGAGCUCGUGCUGGCAGCGGUGGCAGCGCAGGUGGCAGAUCGCACGACGACGCCUGGGGGAGGCGGCGCACCGGCUGGCCCAGGGCUUUGGGCUCUGGGAGGGGGCUCUCUACGAGAUCGGAGGCCUCUUUGGCACCGGGAUCCAGUCCUACUUCACCUUCCUCCGUUUCCUACUGCUGCUCAACGUGCUGACUGUGGGGCUGACUGCCAGCAUGGUGCUACUGCCCCUGGCCUGGCUCCGCCCCCCGGACCCAGGCCCCGCCCAGAACUUGACCCUGCAGUGCCCUGGCAGCCACCAGCCCCAGAUUGGCAUUCCGAAAUUCCACAAUCAACUUUGGAAUGUUUUAACUGGCAGGGCCUUCACCAACACCUAUCUCUUCUAUGGCGGGUACCGGGCGGCGCCCGAGAGCAGCUCUGCAUACAGCAUCCGCCUGGCCUACCUCCUCAGCCCACUGGCCUGCCUGCUCCUCUGCUUCUGUGGGACCCUACGGCGGAUGGUGAAGGGGCUGCCACAGAGGCUUCUCCUGGGCCAGGACUACAGAGCGCCUCUCAGUGCCAAGGUCUUCUCCUCCUGGGACUUCUGCAUCCGGGUCCAGGAAGCGGCCAUCAUCAAGAAGCAUGAAAUCAGCAAUGAAUUCAAGGCAGAGCUGGAAGAGGGCCGGCGCCUCCAACUGGCGCAGCAGCGGUCCCCCACCCAGAGGGCCUGCCACCUGCUCACCUUCCUGUGGGUCAACGUCCUCAUCGGGCUCCUGGUGGUUGGGGCCAUCAGUGCCAUCUUCUGGGCCACCAAGUACUCGCAGGACAAGAAGGAGGAGGACCUGUUCGUGGUACUACAAUAUCUCCCCCCAGGGGUCAUCGCCCUGGUCAACUUCCUGGGUCCUCUGUUGUUUGUGUUCCUGGUCCAACUGGAGAACUACCCCCCCAGCACCGAGGUCAACCUCACCCUCAUCUGGUGCGUGGUGCUGAAACUGGCCAGCCUGGGCAUGUUCUCCUUCUCCCUGGGCCAGAGCACCCUGUGCAUCGGCGGAAACAGAACCAGCUGCGAGGCCUACGGCUACAACGCCUGUGACUACCAGUGCUGGGAGAACGCAGUGGGCGAGGAGCUGUACAAGCUGAUCAUCUUCAACUUCCUCCUCACCGUGGCCUUCGCCUUCCUGGUCAGCCUGCCUCGGAGGCUGCUGGUAGAGCGAUUCUCAGGCUGGUUCUGGACUUGGCUGGACCGAGAGGAGUUUCUGGUGCCCAAGAAUGUGCUGGACAUCCUGGCAGGGCAGACGGUCACCUGGGUGGGCCUCUUCUUCUGCCCCCUGCUCCCCCUGCUCAACAGCAUCUUCCUGUUCCUCACCUUCUACAUCAAGAAGUACACCCUCCUGAGGAACUCCAGGCCUUCCCCGCGGCUCUUCCGUGCCUCCAGCUCCACCUUCUUCUUCCAGCUAGUGCUGCUGCUGGGCCUGCUCCUGGCCGCAGUGCCCCUGGGCUACGUGGUCAGCAGCCUGGUCCUGACCGUGUGCGUGUCCCAGUCCCGCGCCAACGCGAAAACCAUCCAUGAGCUCCGGAAGCAGCUGGUGUGGCAAGGCCGGGAGAAGUGGCACCUGGUGGAGGACCUGUCACGGCUGCUGCCAGAGCCCGCCCCGAGCGAUUCUCCAGGACCCGAGUCCCCUCUCUCCCGAGCUUCGCGCCCACGGUCCUUCUACCCCGGUUUCCCUUGCCCAGGAUCCCCGGGCCCCAGGGCCCCCCGACCGGGCCCUUCCCGGGUUGUUCCCACUGGGCUGAGCCCCGGGUUUCCGGGCCCCUCCUCCAGAUUCCGCUACCCCAGCGGCGGGGCUCUGUAGCGCGGACCCCACGUGCCCUGCCUGGACCCACUUCCUCCCCAGGCCCUCUUAGCCCAUGCUCCAGAGCCCUGGUGACCACUGCCCCUCCCUGCUCCCGGGCCUCCCCCAGGACUCCCCAGAGAGGGCCAGCAGGAAGACAUAGGGAAAUUUCUAUCAUCUAUAUUUUUAUCUUAUCCCUUCGAGUUUCCUUUUUUGUUGCUGUUGACGUUUUAUAAUACACACAUAUAUUAGUAUGUGACGGCUGAAGGUAACUUUCAAAAUACAUCAACUGGGAGUGCUCAGAAGUUGCUUA